UCCAUUUGGCCCGAAGGAUCAGGUCUCCUCCUCCUUCUCCUCUCCCUCUCGCGCUUCUCCCUCGAUCUUUGGAUCCAAUUCCAUUGAUUUCCCUUGUUCUUUUCUCCUCUCUGGAUCUCCAUUGACGCAAAGGGCUUCGCUGCUGUAAUUCUCUCGGUCGGAAUUGGAAAGGAUAAUGUCCAAGGUGGUUUAUGAAGGCUGGAUGGUCCGCUGUGGCCGGAGAAAGAUCGGAAGAUCCUUCAUUCAUAUGCGCUAUUUCGUUCUCGAGACCAGUGUCUUGGCUUACUACAAGAGGAAGCCCCAGGGCAAUGUGGUGCCUCUGAAGACUCUUGUUAUAGAUGGGAAUUGCAGGGUUGAGGACCGAGGCCUCAAGACGCAUCAUGGGCAUAUGGUUUAUGUGUUAUGUGUCUACAACAAAAAGGAGAGCCAUCAUCGAAUUAUGAUGGCAGCAUUCAACAUACAAGAGGCAUUGAUUUGGAAGGGGAAAAUUGAGCUCGUCAUUGAUAAGCAGCAGGAUGCAUCUGUUGGUAAUGGGAAUAAGGUUUCUCCAUCAUUUGAAACCCCAGUGGAUACUGGGCAAAGUACUUUUCCUUAUGAUCAUGAAAAUCACCCUGGAGAUGAAGAGACCCACCCAACUUUGAUGCGGAGAACAACAAUAGGAAAUGGUCUUCCUGAUUCAUUAUUUGAUUGGACUCGAGAGCCAGAUACUGGCAUACUAAUCCAGGAUAAUAUAGAUCAAAUUUUACCUAGCAAAAGGCAUUGGCAUCUGGUCUCAUGCCAGAAUGGACUUCGCAUCUUUGAAGAGCUUCAACAAGCAGACUACUUACCAAGGAGCUGUAGUACUGCAAUGAAGGCUGUGGGUGUAGUGGAAGCCACAUGUGAAGCCAUAUUUGGCCUUGUAAUGAGCAUGGAUGGAACACGUUUUGAAUGGGAUUGCAGCUUUCAAUAUGGUAGCUUAGUAGAGGAGGUUGAUGGACACACUGCAAUUCUCUACCACAGACUGCAGUUCGAUUGGUUCCCCAUGUUUGUAUGGCCCCGUGACCUCUGUUAUAUGCGUUAUUGGCGGCGUAAUGAUGAUGGAAGUUAUGUUGUCUUAUUUCGAUCUAGAGAGCAUGAGAACUGUGGCCCACAACCAGGAUUUGUUAGAGCACACAUUGAGAGUGGCGGAUUCAAAAUUUCUCCGCUCAAAUCUCGAAAUGGGAAACCUCGCACUCAAGUGCAACAUCUUAUGCAAAUUGACUUAAAAGGAUGGCUUGUGGGCAAUUUCUUAUCAUUUCGACAACAUGCUUUGCUUCAUACGUUGAAUAGUGUUGCAGGCCUACGUGAAUUGUUUUCCCAAACAGAUGAAGUCCAUGUCUUUCCGAGGAUUCCAGCCAUGGCUAACAUGGCUUCAAAUAAUGUUGCUAAUAAGGAAAUCAAAACCCCAGGAGCCUUUCCUCAUCCUGUUCAAUCGCUAGAUCAAAUGCAUUCUGCUAGCAGACACUCAGUUAUGAUGGAUGAGGACUCUGAUGAGGAGGACGAUUAUCACAUUCCUGAGCUUGAGCCCGAGGAGGCAGAGUCAGUGAGAUGUGAAGAUGAAACUAAGCAGACAGAUCAAAUCGAUCUUUCCGGCUUUUCUGGAAAUAUACGCCGAGAUGAUGAUGAUAAAAGUCGUGAUUGCUGGACAAUAUCAGAUGGGAACAAUUUUAGAAUUCGCGGCAAAACUUUUUUCAAAGAUAAAAGCAAGAUUCUGGGAGGUAAGCAUCUUAUGGAGCUCGUUGCGGUUGAUUGGUUGAAGGACACAAAACGUGUAGACCAUGUUGCUAGGCGACAAGGGUGUGCAGCUCAAGUUGCUUCUGACAAAGGGUUAUUCUCAUUUGUAGUAAAUCUUCAAGUUCCAGGCUCAACACACUACAGUAUGGUCUUUUAUUUUGUAACUAAGCAUCUGGUUAAUGGAUCACUAACGCAGCGCUUUGCUGAUGGUGAUGAUGAGUUUCAAAAUAGUCGGUUGAAGCUCAUUCCAUCUGUUCCAAAGGGUUCAUGGAUUGUGCGUCAGAGUGUCGGAAGCACGCCUUGCCUACUUGGCAAAGCAGUUGACUGUACAUAUGUUCGUGGACCAAAGUAUCUAGAAAUAGACGUUGAUAUUGGUUCUUCUACAGUUGCCAACGGAGUAUUGGGACUUGUUUUUGGUGUAAUCACAACAUUAGUGGUCGAUAUGGCUUUUCUUGUACAGGCUAACACCGAAGACGAACUUCCUGAGCAGCUUCUUGGCGCUGUUCGUGUAUCACACAUAGAACUAUCCUCAGCAAUAGUUUCCGGCCUACAGGACACCAGCCACUUUGCUAAAUCAAAUGACUGAUUUAGAUUAUAGUUUUAAUUCAUUCGCUUUAGACUAAAUUUUUCAUUACUUUGGCCUUAAAAUAAUUAAUCAACUCUUCAGAUGCAGCAGCCUCACAUCUUUGAUUCUCAAGUGGCAAAGGUGAUCCAGAACUCUAAUUUUUUUUUUUAUAUAUAUAUUUUUUUCUUCUUCUUCUUCCUUCUCUCAUUUAGAACUUGUAAACUUAUUCCCCCCACAUUACUUUAUUUGUGAAUUUGGCCAUUUAUUCAGAGCAUUCAGAAAAUGAG